UGAACGUAACAGCUAGCAAAGAAGCUGACUGCUAGUUUUUACCCACUGUUUACAUUGUUUAUCCCUGAGUUCAGCGGGCUGUUGUUAAUGUGUGCUUUGGCGUUUUACCGCAACUUUCUAAUGAUUCGUCACGGCUACAGUUUUCUUCUUCCCGUUAUUCGACUGACGUGGACGUGGAUUUAUCUAUAAAAAAAAACAACAACAACAUGUACGACGCAUUUAAAGAUGUAAUUUGGAAAGAGCUGGGACUAUUGGACCCAAACUGGUUUGAGGUCCAGGCAACCCAAGCUUCUCUCGAUGAAGGCAAUGGCGUGGAUAGCUUUGACCUGCGUGCUAAUCAAGAGGGAAUUUUCAAAACGCCUCUGGAGAAAACUGCAACAGAGAGCCAACUGUUUUCCACCCCUAAAGUUUUCAGACACAGUCGAAUUGUGUCGCCUGACACUGAGGAUGAGCCGCCGUUCAUUGUUGCACACGAAAAAGAGACACUACCAUGGAUGGCUACGCAAAGUCCUUGUUUGUUUCAGCCAUCGAAACAAAGUGUCUCAGAUGUGAAAUGUGAAGGUGUCCAAGCUCAGAGUGAGGAGAGUUUUGAUUUCCUUGCUACCCCAAAGAAAUCCCCCGACACCUAUGUGAAGCAUAUCUCGGAAAGCCUUGGUGCACAUAUCAAUCCUGAUAUUUCUUGGACCAGUUCUUUGAAUACGCCACCGGGAUUGCCAGGAUCUACCCUGAUUUUAUCUAAAAAGGACGAGAGUCCCUGUCCAGUGAAUGUAACUGCAGAGAGAAAUGGCUUUCUUGUACGGAAGCUUUUCCCUUCACUUUCAAAUUCAUCACCUAAGACCUGGAAAAAGAGCGCCGUGUCUUCUAGUUCCCAAAGUGCUGUUCUUCUGGUUGCUGAUGGCUGCCCUGAGUCUCCAUUGAACCAGAGUGAAAGUCACUGGCAACAGAAAGUUCCAGAUGCUGUUGCCGGAGAAGAAGAAGUUUGUAGCGCAGAUGGAGCUGAAACUGUGCCAUCUAAUUUUUUUGCUAACAGUAGCUCAGCUCUGAGAAAAGUGAAGCUUAACAGAGUUAAACGUAAGCAAAUAAUUCAGACAAAUGUAGACGUUUGCGUCCAUGGAGAUGUCUCAAAAGCGGACAACGGUGCAUCCAGCGAAGAGGCAGCCGCCGAGAUGGAAUCUGGUGCAUUACCUUCAACCCCACAGGUUAAAACUGGAUAUACAGCAAUCAGCCAAUGGUCUCCUUUAAAUUUAUCUCAAAUCUCAUCUUGUGCUGUGGGUAGCAGUAUGACAUCGCCAGCUGUCACAGAUUCUGAUCAAGUCACCAAGCCAUCAGUGAAAACCACAGACUCUGGAUUUAUUAGAAAAAAGAGAACAUUUGUUUACGCUGUUGCAGCUACAAAAUCGCAAGCUCAGUGCCAAGACUCUGAGUUCCAGAAGAUGGAUCCCUCACCAAAGAUUUCAGAUUCUGAACAAGAAAUGAACACUAAAUCACUGGAGAACACCCCUGGUAAAGCAGAAUCUCAGAGGACUAAAAAUCAAAAUGAAUUUGCAGGGGAACCCAAAACUCAAUUUUUGGGCUCAAAACUUCAGGAUGUUGACAUGUCUCAACUUUGCAGAGAUUUUGCACAGGACUUUAGCCAAAUGACUGACGUAAAACUUGCAGAAGGGACUCAAAGUAACUUCUCUCCUGCAGCGUGUCUAUCUGCUAUGAAGCAAGCCAAACAGAAAGCAAAGCAAGCAAACCUUCCUAAUGACCACAGUAACAACAGGCACAUCCCUACUAGCUCCGUCACUGAAGAAACCAUGACUGACAGUGGACUCCAGUCUGGUAUAGCAGAUGUCACUCAUGAGACUUCCUUGUCAUUUGCUCUUACUUGCUUGGAGAAAGUUGGCCAAAACGGACACUUGUUUGAUGUCAAAACCAAAAUGCAUAAUUUUCAAUCCACAACUGGAAGUGGAAACGAAAAAGUUGAUGCUGAACUGCCUCUGCCGGGAUCUAGGAAAGGACAGACUCUCGACCACGGAAAAGAAACCAAUUUGCACAUGGAGAGCACAUCAACAAGGCAGUCAAGGAGUAGAGACAAAACUGUUGAUGAAAGUAACUGCGCUGAGCCGGCAGGAACUCCUGUUUCUCUUCUGUUCUCCAAUGAAUCGGGAUUCAAAACAGCUUCUAAUAAAGGCAUACACAUUUCCCCUGCCAACCUGGAGAGAGCCAAGCGUCUUUUAGAAGAGACUGAAGAUGCGAAGACUUUUCGUGAUCAUAGCUGCAAAACCUACCAUGCCGUUAAAUAUAAAGGUAACUCGAGUCCUGAAACAAUGAAAAAUAUACCAACUAAUUCAACACAGCCACUCCGUGUUGAAAAGUCAUUUGGAAACAUCAGUUCCCAGCUAACAGCUUCAGAAAAGGCCGAUGUGAAAGAACUUUGCGUUCUCCUAGAAGAGGCAGACAGCCAGUUUGAAUUUACACAGUUCAAACCUGCUAAGAUAAUGCAAAAUGGUCAAGAUGAUCACAAUCAUCCAGAAAAACAAGACAAAGAUCUGGACCCUGCUUUUCUUGCCGACAUAGACUUUGAUGAUAGCUUUAGUUCAGAUGGUGGAAAACAGCCGGCAGUCGCUGUGGUGAGUGACAAAACGACCUCGGUUUCAGAAAGCAUAACAAAUGAAGAAACAGCAAAAGCCACAAAUCAUUGCACCGAAAUGUCAGUUUCCAAUUUGCUGAAAAAGGAAAAUUCUUCUUUAGAUUAUUUGUCAGAGAGCAUUACUAAAGACAGGAUAUGCCUCAAAUCAGUUGAACCAGACAUUCUUCCCAGAACUGAGGGUACUGAAGCUAGCAUGCUGGAGAACAACAGUACUUUGACGCAUGGUGAGACAUUCAGGACAGCAGGGGGGAGUGUUUUGAAAGUCUCUAAAACGUGUCUGAGCAAAGCAAGAGCUUUGUUUGCAGAUCUAGAGAAUAACUUGACAGAUCAGAAACCAUCUGAUAAGCAGAACAGGGGAAAUGCUUCCAAAACGGAACAGAAAUGUGACAUCGAUUCUGACGUAUGCGGGAAGGAUUUAGGUUUCACCCUCAAAGAAACCUGUGAUGUCGGGAAGGAAAUUGACAAUUGUUUUUCCAAAUUAGACGGGGUUGCCUGUUCAAAUAAAAACGUUCCAAGUGUUGGCGAUAAGAGUGAUGGCAAAGGUUUGAAAAACAAUCAAAUUGACACAACAGCGUGUGAAAGCGGAUUUAGAAGAGCAAGUGGAAAAGGAAUCUCUAUCUCAGCUAAAUACAUGCAAGAGGCAGAAGCAUUUUUUAAAGACUGUCAUGCAAUGGGCCACGGAGAGGAUAAGAAAAUAAAGGCUCUGCCGGAAAGUGCUGCAAGUAAGAAAAGCUUUACAAACUUUAAAAGCCCCCAGGUCAGCAUUUCUAAGGAGAGUGUCGCUGGAUGCGCUAAAUUUGAAAAUGUAAAUGCAGCACUGAUCGCACAUCACACAAAAGGGCUACGUCUGGCUGAAGUGGAAACGAAAAGCCGGUUCACAGCAGCUUUGAAACAUGAAGAUGGAAAACCAUUUUCGACUUCAAAGCCUUUUGCCGUGAUUCGCACAUCAAACAGCAUGGCGUCGUCUGCUUUAGAAAACGUGUGCAGUGGUGAUGGGUUCUGCACAGCUGCUGGGAAGAACAUUUGUGUGUCUGCUGCUGCUAUGAGGAAGGCUGAAUCUCUUUUGAAUCACAUCCAGACACCUGAGGAGAUAAACACGCAAGCUAAUCAGAGAGAACUGACUUCAAAAACAAAAGGCCUUCAUGACGAGAUGUCAAAACUAGAUAAUGGUUGUUUUGAAACUGUUGGAGGGAAAGAAAAUAAGAUUUCAUCUACAGCUCAAAAGAAAGCAGCCCUGUUAAGAGAAUAUGAAAAACCAGAGGAUGAAAUUAGCGUCUCCCCUCAACAUACCGACCCCGAGAUCCCAGUUACUAAUCUCUGGAGUGGCGGCUUUUUGGCAGCCAGUGGCAAACCUGUUGUGUUGUCAUCCGAGGCCUUGGAGAAGGCCAAGGCAUUAUUCAGUGACAUCAGUUUGAACAUGGACAACCUGUCAGAAACUGCCCCAGGGAAGAGGGAUAGGAAACCCGAAGAGGAUCAAAGUAAUGCCGAGAUGUUACACUCUGGGUUCGCAACUGCAGGGGCAGCAAAGGACCAUGUGUCACAGAAAAAUAUUUUAAACGCAAGAGAUCAUCUGAAAGAAUGUGAUGAUUUGGUUUUAGUCAAAGCAAUGGAGGAAGAAGAUGCUCUCUUCACUGACUGUGAUCUGGGAAGCAAUGCAAUGCUGGCGAGUGCGGGGAGCAAAAAGGGAGAUCUUGAGAACCCUUUUCCAGAUCAAAGGAUUGGAAUAAACAUUUCUGAAGACGCUGGAAAAAGAUGCUUCAGGGAGACAAAUGAACAGAAACAAAAAGAAAACCUUUUACCACAAGCAAGCUGUGGCUUUAAGACGGCCAGCGGGGGAAGAGUUGAUGUUUCAUUUGAAGCUCUGAAGAGAGCGCAAACCUUGUUAGGUGACUGUGUUGGAGUCGAGGAUAAAGUAAAUGCAGCACCGCCAGAAUCCAAGGCCGUUGCUUUUCCAAUUAGAAAAGGUGGGUUUCAAUCUGCUAGUGGUAAGCCUGUAGUUCUUUCAUCAGAGGCCCUUCGAAAGGCGAAAUCUCUCUUCAGUGACAUCGGUCUCAGCGCAGAGGACCCAAACGCUUCACAGACAAGGAAAAGUUGCAAGAAUCAAGAUGGUGGUGACAAUACAGAGACUAUAUGGUGUGGUUUCACAAGUGCAAGAGGAGAAAGGGUUGAUGUGUCAAAGAAAAAUCUUCAAAAGGCACAAGUCCUUUUUAAAGAACUCGAUGACCUGGCCUCAACCAAAGCCAUGCAGGAGGAAGAUGCUUUCUUCGCAGACUGUGAUGCGGGCAUUAGUGAUGAAAUGUUGGAAAAGGACACGAAAGGUAAAGCAAAUCCCAUAAAACAUUAUCAAGAAGAGAUGAGGGUAGACAUUUCUAUGGAGGCUGGAUGCUCCCGGGAUGCAGACAAACGAGUGGAACAAAAUGAAAAGACUUUACCACAAGCAAGCCGCGGAUUUCAGACAGCCAGCGGGAAACGAGUUGAUGUUUCAUCUGAAGCUCUAAAGAGAGCAAAAACUUUGUUAAGUGAGUUUGAAGGACUUGAGGAUAAAACAAAUACAACGGCGCUGCAAUCCAAGGCUACUGCUCGUCCACUCAGAAAUGUCGGCUUUCAUUCUGCCAGUGGAAAACCAGUAGCCCUCUCAACUGAGGCUCUUGAAAAGGCAAAAUCCCUCUUUGGCGACAUCACUUUCAGUGCAGAAGACCUGGAUUCCUCACAGACAAUGAAAACCGACGAGAAACAAGACAGUCGGAAUGAUACAGAGAAAAUAUGCUGUGGUUUUACAACCGCAAGGGGAGAAAAAGUCAGCGUGUCGCAGAAAAAUAUUCAAACGGCAAAAUUCCUCUUUAAAGAACUUGACGAUUUAUCUUUAACAAGAGCAAUGCAAGAAACAGAUAAUUUUUUCACAGAGGAAGGCUGGACUACAGACGGUAAAAGUGAAAUAAAUCAAACUAACAAAGCACCUGUUAAUGAAAGUGGCAGCGCAGAGCGAAACGUGUCCCAACUCACGCCGGAUGAAAGGGAAACCGGCAGGAUCUGUGAAGACCCUGAGAACGGUUUCAUCAAAGCAAAAGAAAAAGAAGGCAGCUCUUUGCCAGCGCCGAACGGGGGAUUUCACACAGCCAGUGGAAAAACAGUUGCCGUUUCAUGUGAAGCCCUGUCAAGAGCAAAACUUCUGCUGAGCGAAAGCAAGACAGACGAGGAGAGGACUUCAUUGCCGCUUUCUCAGACUCCCAUUAAUGAUCUGGUUCUUACUAAUGGGGGCUUCUCUGCAGCAAGCGGUAAACCUCUGAUGUUUUCCUCUGAGUCCUUACAGAAAGCAAAGACUUUAUUUAGCAACAUCAAUCUAACUACCGCUCUUCCUCACAAAGGUGAAGAAAAAUGGGAAGGUGCUCAAAAUGAAGAGAAAGUUAAGUGUGCUCUCACAAAUGUAGAGGCAACAAAUCCUGUAAAUUCAGAAAUACCAAAUCUAAGAGAUCUGGAAGGAACUUCAACCCCAAAGUCGUCUUUAUCAAGUGCAAACAGAAAGAAGCACUCUGGAGUAGAGUCGCGUCCUAGAGCAUCUUCAGAGGGCCAGAGGGGCGGCUUUGUGGUUCGCGAUUUAAAUACUGAAAGCAGCAUCAAUACAUUCAAAGUUAAAGGAACGGAUGAGUCUGCAGACCCCAAACUUCAGUCGCUAAACCUCGCUGGCUGCACAGAAACCCAGGAAGCUCUGGACUGCAUGGAAGCCUUGCUAGAAGAUGAAUUCCUGGUUGGCCAACACCUGUUGACAACGUCAGACCUUCUGCAACAGACAGAAGAGCAAAAAUCAAACUGCACAUCUACUGAAGAGAGCAGAACGAGGAAGAGGAGAUGUGCUGAAGAUCUAACUGCUCAUCCCCCUUCUAAAAGAAGAUUGCUGGAAGACUUUGGCAGAACCACUGAUGGUCCAAGUGGUUCAGGACUCCACUCAGUAAAGAUUUGUCCAUAUGGUUUAAUGGACAGAGGAGUUUUCAAGUACAGUGCCUCUCUUCAUCCAAACGUCACCAAGCCACCCUGGGAUGCAAAAACCUUUGUGGACACCAGAUUCCAGGCGACAACACAAACCCGGCGUUCAGACCCAGGAGGCGACAUUUCCGGACCUUCCAAGAUGCCGGCAUUUGUUCCACCGUUCAUCAGAAACACAAAGAGAGAUAUUCCUAAUAAACCAGAGGCAGCCGACCGCAAAAAAGCUCCCGCGUUUGUUCCACCGUUUAAAAAACACAGAAGUGUCCCGCCAGAAAGCUCCGCUAAACAACAGGACGACGGGCUACGUCAUCCUUUAUCGUCGGAGUGUGACAGCAGAACGGAUGCACCCGGAAGCACUGCAGAUGUUGUCCCUUCAGCCGACUCUGCAAACACUAGUAUGACGAUUAAUCAAAGUGUUCCUGGAAGCAUGGGACCAGUUAGCGCUACGGAAACGUUACACACGGAUGGCGUGCUUUCCAGAAGCCAAGAUGGGACCCAGAACAUUGAGCUGGCCCGGGAUAUGCAGGACAUGAGAAUCAGGAAAAAGAAGCGCCAGACUAUUCGGCCGCUGCCUGGGAGCUUAUUCCUGACAAAAACCUCAGGAGUGAUGAGAAUCCCGUUAAGAGCCGCAGUGAAUGGAAAAAGCCCGGCAAGAUACUCUGCGCAGGAGCUGUAUGAGUGUGGAGUCCACACGCAGGUCCAUGAGGUCACCGGUGCGAACGCGGAGUCGUUUCGCUUCAAUUUGCUGCAGUUCAUCAAACAGGAAACGCUAAGUGAUGGAGGUGGCGUUCAACUCGCUGACGGAGGCUGGCUGAUCCCCAGCAACGACUGGACUGCAGGAAAAGAGGAGUUCUAUAGAGCAUUAUGCGAUACGACCGGUGUGGAUCCUAAACUGAUCAGCGAGCAGUGGGUCUACAAUCACUACAGGUGGAUUGUGUGGAAGCAGGCCUCCAUGGAAAGGUCUUUCCCAGCAGCGAUGGGCAGCCUCUGCCUCACGCCGGAGCAGGUUCUCCUUCAGCUUAAGUACAGAUAUGAUGUAGAGGUGGACCACAGCCGCAGGCCAGCUCUGAGGAAGAUCAUGGAAAGGGACGACACGCCGGCCAAAACCCUCGUUCUCUGCGUCUGCGAUGUGGUCUGCAGAGGUCACUCCCUCAGUGCACAGAGCCGCAGCAACACCAAGACGACACAGAGCGCUGAAACCAAGGCGGAAACUCCAUUUGCAGUCAUCUGGCUUACAGAUGGAUGGUAUGCCAUCAAAGCACAGCUGGAUGAGCCUCUGACUGCGAUGCUGCACAAAGGCCUGCUUGCUGUCGGUGGCAAACUGAUGAUCCAUGGAGCUCAGCUGGUGGGAUCCCAAGACGCUUGCUCCCCUUUGGAGGCCCCAGACUCCCUAAUGUUGAAGAUUUGUGGCAAUAGCACUAGGCGUGCACGGUGGGACGCCAAGCUGGGAUUCCACAGAGAUCCUCGACCGUUCCUGCUUCCAAUUUCCUGCUUGUUUAGUAACGGAGGGCCAGUAGGAUGUGUCGAUAUUAUCGUACUGAGAAGCUACCCCAUGCAGUGGAUGGAGAGGAAGUCAGACGGAGGUGUUGUGUUUCGGUCGGCUCGGGCAGAAGAGAAGGAGGCGAGACGUUUCGACAUCCACAAACAGAAAGCAAUAGAGCGGCUGUUUGCCAAGGUUCAAGCUGAAUUUGAAAAAGAGGAGGAAGGGAGCAUGAAACCUCAGCGCAGAAGGCAAACCAUCAGCAAGCAGGAUCUUGCGAACUUGCAGGACGGAGUAGAAUUAUACGAAGCGGUCGGAGAUGACCCCGCUUACCUGGAGGCUCAUUUGAGUGAGCAGCAGAUGGAGAGCCUUCAGGCCUACCGGCGUUCGCUGAUGGAGAAGAAGCAGGCGGCGCUGCAGGAGAGGUAUCGCCGCGCGCUGGACGCAGAGGACAGUGAAAUGAGCUGUCCCAAAAGAGACGUGACACCCGUAUGGAGACUCUGCGUCGCUGAUUCAACUGUCCAGUCCAGCUGUGUUUAUCAGUUAAACCUUUGGCGACCCUCUUCAGAUCUUCAGUCCUUGCUGAAGGAAGGUUGUCGAUUCAAAGUCUAUAACCUCGUUGCCUCUGAUGGCAAAAAGCGGAGCAGCGUUGACACUGUUCAGCUGACCGGGACGAAGAACACAAAGUUCCAGGAACUUCAGGCGCCUCAAGAAUGGCUGUCGUCACGUUUCCAGCAAAGAGUCUCCACGGACUUUGUAGAUCUUCAAAAUGAGGAAUUUAAGCCCCUGUGUGGAGAUGUUGAUCUGGCGGGAUAUGUCAUCAGCGUCAUAGAUCAACAGGGUUCCUCUCCUGCAUUUUAUUUGGUUGAUGGGAAGCUGGAUUUCGUGAAAGUGCGCUGUUUCAGCAGCUUGUCUCAGGCCGGCCUUGAAGACGUAGUAAAACCACGUGUCCUGUUGGCACUGAGCAACCUGCAGCUCAGAGGCCAGUCCAUGUACCCCACUCCUGUUGUGUAUGCUGGAGAUCUGACUGCCUUCUCUACAAACCCCAAGGAGAUUCAUCUCCAGGAAGCCAUCUACCAACUCAAGAACAUGGUCCAGUGUCAAGACAACUUCUUUCGAACUGCUGAGGACAAGCUUGCCCAUCUAGUCAAGUCUGAUGACGUGCGCUCUCCAUCUUUGCGGCAGCAAACACCAGCUUCUGCAACAGACAGAAGGCAAGACUCAAAGACAAGCGUGAGCUUCCAGAGACCAGUUAAAAGCCUUGGAUCCUUUACACCUGUCAGCAGUAACGUUCCUGCAGGACCAUCUUCAGCAGAAAAGGACCCUAAAAUCCUGAAAAGAAGAAGGGCUUUGGAUUAUCUUUCUCGCAUCCCGUCUCCGCCGCCUGUUUCUCCCCUGGCUUCAGCAGUCUCGCCUUGCGUAAAAAAAACAUUCAACCCUCCUCGGAGGUCAGGCCCACCGAGCACUUUAAAUCCUGUCCAAACUGCAGCACCAAAACCUUCUGAUGCUGCAGUGGAGGGCGACUGGGUGAACGACGAGGAGCUGGCUAUGAUUGACACUCAGGCGUUGCAUGUUGGCAGUUUAUUUUAGAUUUUACCUGUCAGUUAACAGCAGGGCAUCUUUUAAAGACUGUACAAAUGUAUGAAUGUGAAUACUGAAGGUUGUUUUGAACAUGUAUCCUGUGGUUUUAGUUGUCUUGUCCUUGAACGCAUUAAAAUAUGGAAAUUGCUUUUCACUGUAAAAUCCUGUCAUCACUUCUGCGCUCGUCUCUUUAGUUGAGAUGAACUGUGAGUUAAAUCGUUAAAUGAGUUUUAGAAAUAUCUGUAAUUUAGACCAGGCUUCUCCUGUUUGGGUGUUUUGGUACAUUUGUGGUUGUAGGAAUGUGAUACAAGU